AUGUCUGACAAAAAUGAUGAGCUUCCAUCUUACCAAGCUAGUAUAAGCCCAGAGAAUACAAAACAAAUAUUAUUUGACUUAUUAGAUUCUAAUGAAUCUCAGUUGAUAACUCUUACAGGUACAAAAUGCAGAAAGUUAUUUUUUUUUGGAGUUUUAUUUCCUUUUCCUAUUCUUCUUAUUGGAGUGUAUAUUGGAUUAAUACAUUAUCCGUUCUUUAAAAAAGCAUCUUUUAAGGAUGAGCAACAGCAAAUGUAUUUUGAAUAUAUUAAAGAAGAAGAGAUAAGAUGGGGAAAAAGAUGUCUGUAUUUGUUCGGAUUGAUAUUAUUUGCAAUAGGAUCUAUAUUGUUUGCUGGAUUCAAAAGUAAUUGGACAACAAGAUAG